AUCCCGAGUUCAGACAUACUUAGACUCAUAUCAACCUAACAAGCAUGCUGCUUAUUAACUCUAGAAUUAUUCCCCUCCCUUCCCCAUCCACCACUCUCCUUCAACUCCACAAAGCUUCUCCUUGCUCAACAAAGCUCCUUGCCAAUAAAUUUAUUCCCUGCAGAAGAAGGAAAAGAGAAUGGAUUCCCCACACCUUGAUGAUCAAGGUCUCUUCAUCUUCCUCGGCUGUAGAAAAUCAUUCGCCAGCCACCGUUUCGCCGGGAUCACAGGGUGCAGUGGAAGUUAUUCGGAGUUUCUAUGCAGGAAUUAAUAGCCAUGAUCUCGCGUCCGUACAGCUCUUGAUUGCCGAGGAAUGUGUGUAUGAAGACCUUACGUUUCCUCGUCCCUUCGUCGGUCGCAAGGCAUUCUUAGAAGCCUACAAAAGUUUCGUUGAUUCCAUGAGCAUGGACCUCCAAAUGGUUGUUGAUGAUAUCACGUCUAAUGAGGAGUCAUCUACUGUUGGAGUUGCAUGGCAUUUUGAAUGGAAGGGAAAGGUUUUUCCUUAUAGCAAAGGUUGCAGUUUUUAUCGGCUGCAGAUGGUCGAUGGCACAAGGCAAAUAAUAUUUUGCGGUGGUAAUGCAUGGGAAUAUAUAUAUUUAUAAAGAAGGCCCAAAGAACUUCCUUGCUUGACACUUGGCAAAGAUAUAGAGAAAGCCCCAGCCACAAGCCAUAUUGCUUUGAGCCACCAACUCCGUUCCCGCGCCACUUGGAAAACCAACUGCCUGGUCGGUAUCUCAUAUUUUAUUGUAAACCCCAAGGGCUUCCUUUGCUUGACACUCGGUAAAGUCAUAGAGAAUGGCCCAGCCACAGACCGCUUGAAGCCACCAACACGGUUCCCACCCUUCCUGGAAAGCCAGGUGCCUGGGUCAAUAACUCAUGUUUCAUGUACACUUGGUGCCUAUGAAAAGCCUGCCUAGGAAGACAAAAGUUUCCGACUAAUUUAUAAUCUAUCUAUAACUAUCUUUGAAGAAAAAUCCCAAGGGCUUCCUUCCUUCCAUACGGUUAUUACAUUUUUUUUAAUUUUUUAAUAAUAUUAUUAAAUAUUAAAUUAUAUUUAAUAAAUAUUAAAGUAACAAUUGAAAUUUAAUUAUCUUUUCUUUACAUUAAAAAUUA